GAAGAGAAAACCGAAGAAGCAUUGAAAGUACAAGCAAUGGGAAGCCAAGCGGGGACUGGCUGACUGACUUGCUGUUUAGCUUGUUUCUUUGUUUUUGUCUAAAAAUCUUCUUCCUCUUCUUCUUCAGCUACAACAUCAUCAUCUCUGACUUUGUGUUGAUGAUGGAGAUGAAGAUUAUGCAUUUGCUUUUAUCGUUGAUUGAUUGAUUUCCAUUUCAUUUCAUUUCGAUUCGCAGAGAAUCAGACGUAGGCAGGCAGACAGUGACAGAAGAAUACUGACUUUGUGUGGGUGUGGUGGCUUCAAAUCUGUUGAAGAAUGUCUUAACUAGCUCUUGCAAAGGUUUCCAAAGUUGCCUGCUUUUCACCUCUUCCGUCUUUAAUUCCAUGAUAAUUAGAGAGUGAUUUCGCAGGCACAUGUCAAGUUGUUUCAUUUUCUGCUUCUUAAUCAUCACUAAUGAUCUUUUGAGUCUUAUAAUCAUGUCUGGCUUUUUACGUUCUGUCGUGUUCUUUUGCAAUUAAUGUGGUGCAAGCUGCGUAAAUGGCUUCCGAUAUCAUACCCCACUUAAUCUUGAUUCCCUUCACCCAUUUCAGUAGUAAAUACAUCACCAGGCAAAACAAUGCAUUACUUACCGAAAAUUGUUGAAGGAUUUAAAUCAAGAUAACUAAAAAUGCUCGUUUUUUUGUUUUGUUCUGGGGUACAUGUGCUGGACACUCUGUAACAGUAGAUGAGUGGCAGGAGUUUAUGAUAGGACGAAUUGUGCGUCUCUGAUUUUAUCUUGACAAGUUCAUGGUUGGGAAAAUGGUGGAGGGUCAAAAAUUUACUGGACUCAUAGGAGCAAGUAACAACAAUGGUAACAACUACUAUGGCUUUACACAAGGUUUUUAUCAAGAACUUGGUGAUGGUACAAACAUGUCUAUUGACAGUUUACAAACAAGCCAUGCCGGUGGGUCUGUCUCAAUGUCAGUGGAUAACAGUAGUGUCGGAUCCAAUGAUUCUUUAACCCAUAUGCUAAGCCAUCCAGGUUUAAAACCUGUCAACCACCAUAACUAUAGUGUAUCAGUAGGCCAGAGUGUGUUUCGUCCAGGAAAGGUCACCCAUGCCCUAAAUGAUGAUGCAUUAGCGCAAGCUUUGGUGGAUAAUCGGUAUCCAACAGAGGGACUGCAGCAUUAUGAUGAUUGGACAAUCGAUUUGAGAAAACUCAACAUGGGUACAGCUUUUGCCCAAGGUGCUUUUGGAAAGUUAUACAGAGGCACGUAUAAUGGGGAGGAUGUUGCUAUUAAGAUAUUGGAGAGGCCUGGGAAUAGCCCGGAGAAAGCACAAGUGAUGGAACAGCAGUUCCAGCAGGAAGUUAUGAUGCUUGCAAAUUUAAAGCACCCGAACAUUGUGCGGUUCAUUGGUGCCUGCCGGAAGCCCAUGGUUUGGUGUAUCGUAACAGAGUAUGCGAAAGGGGGGUCAGUUCGGCAGUUUUUUACCAGGAGGCACAAUCGGGCAGCACCGUUGAAAAUAGCAGGUCAGCAGGCUUUAGAUGUUGCGAGAGGAAUGGCAUAUGUUCAUGGACUCGGGUUUAUACACCGUGAUUUGAAGUCAGAUAACCUCUUAAUAGCAGCAGAUAAAACCAUAAAAAUUGCUGAUUUUGGUGUUGCACGGAUUGAGGUGCAGACUGAAGGGAUGACACCCGAAACUGGGACAUAUCGUUGGAUGGCUCCAGAGAUGAUUCAGCAUAGGCCCUAUACACAAAAGGUGGAUGUGUACAGCUUUGGAAUUGUUCUUUGGGAGCUCAUAACAGGCUCGCUUCCCUUCCAGAACAUGACAGCUGUUCAGGCGGCCUUUGCUGUGGUGAACAAAGGAGUAAGACCGAUAAUCCCACAUGAUUGUCUGCCUGUUCUGAGUGACAUCAUGACCCGCUGCUGGGAUGCCAACCCUGAAAUUCGCCCCCCUUUCACAGAUGUUGUCAGGAUGCUUGAGAAUGCCGAAACCCAGAUAUUGACCAAUGUGCGCAAGGCACGCUUCAGGUGCUGCAUAGCUCAACCCAUGACAGUUGAAUGAUCCACCAGAAUAUAAGACUGAAAAACAGAUGUUUAAGAUGAUACAAAUGAAAAUUGUAUUAUUAAACCUAAGCUGUAUGAGCUGAAGCUAUGUCAUGUAUCAUUUUUCUUUCCCCCUUUUCCACCGCAAAGUAGAAAGAUGUUAACCGUUUAGAGUGCUGCUUUUUUUUUUUGUUACCAUUGCUGGUGGCAGUUGUACUGAUGUAUCUUUAUCGAAUGUCGUAGUGGUGGGGGAGCAUUGAUGUGUCUUCCCACAGAGCUAUAUAUGGAGACCUGUCGUUUGUAUUGUCUUGCUUGUCAGAUAACAAACGAGGUCAGGUUCUCUGUCA